AUGAAAUCUUUUUGCAUUUUGUUCACCUAUAGUCUUCUGAUUCUUUGCGGAUUGGUUGACUGGAGUUGUUCUUAUCCCGCAGUGGGCUUGGAAGGUGCCUUGGACGGGUCGAUGGCUAGAGACGUGAAGGAGUCUGGUGGGGGAAAGACUGUCUUCACUGACGUAAACAGAGGUAACAAAGUAUAUCCUUCACCCAGACUCGAUACAUCUGAUAAAAGUGUCGGACCAAUAGGAAAAACUGGAGGAAUACCAAAAGAUAGCCGAUAUUUUGAAUCAUUGGCCGGUGAUGAUACAAGAGGCAGUCAGUUUAUGGGCAAGGUCCGAACCUUCUUCUCGAGUUGGCCGAUCAAAUUCUGGGAAAAGAUUAAACAUUGGUUUGCAAAAUUAAACUUCUUUAAAUCUAAGGAUGAGAAAGUUAUCAACCCUGCCCAAGAUGCGGUAGUCAUUCGACCCGAAGAAGGACCCGUGCCAAAUCGAAGUAAUUUCAAGGGUGCACAAAAUGACCCUACCCCUUCUGAGAGUUCGAAUGGUGGAAGCCCACCACAACCACCGAACGACUCCAGGGGAGGUUCGAAUGUGGCCAGCCAUCCGGUAAAACCAAAGAAUCCCAAUGGCCCCAAUAACCCUAACGAAAUGCCUCAACCGGCUCCUUCUCACAAAGACAAGUCAAAUACCAAUUCCCAGGAAGCUGUACGAGCAAGCUCAACCGCACCGAGAGGACCACCACGCAAAGCACCCGUUCGUGGUGAUCCAAAUACGGCGACUGAAAAUUCUAAUGCUUUGACCAUUACAAAACCAAUUUUACCAUCGAACAGUGUGGAUCGCAACUCUCAACUCAUAGUAGCCCCGUCGAGGGACGCGACUCCCUCUCACAUCUUGACAUCGAACGCCAUUGAACGACAUGCACAGAAGCCGCAAACUCUAGAUAGGUAUAAUCAAAAUCCCACUGCUCUCUCCGUUGGACACUCCGAAAAACCAAUUUUUCAGAGUGCUCAAGCGAGUUAUCAAGUUUUUCCACACGGCCACGAUGGUUCUGGAACGGAGGUUACAUCAAUAAAAACACAGAAGGUAGAAGUUGUAAGAGAUCCUGUAACCAAUAGGCCGGGACUUCGAAUCAGCGCAGCGAUAAGUCAAAGCACAGUCCAAGGUGGACCCGGCCAUCUUCAAAACCUUGCUGCACUUGGAGGUGGGCCUAAUAUGGCAAUUCCUACCCACGCCAUUGAUAACCAAAAACAUUUGCUUAAAGGAGCUGGCCGGACACCUUUGCCUUGGAAUGGUCCAUCAUCUACAUCAAACUACUUACCAAGCACAAAUCCAAGUUUUGGUGCUGGCAAUAAGUUUGUGUCAACUCAAAAGAGACCCAUGGAACAGAAUUUUCAGCCAAACUGGGGUUCCAAUCCUAAUGUUCCUGGGAGUAAACAAAAGGCAUAUCUUGAAGAGAUUGAAGACAAUUAUCCUCAAGAAUUUCAAAAGACCACAGUUCCAACGGCUAGAACCUCAAAACAGAACCUGGAUUCAAGCACUGCUUCAGGUCCUAAGAAAGAAAGUUCCAGUAGGAUGUUUGACCCACCACCACCAAUUAUUACAGACAUUACAGAUGAUCCUCUACAAUAA